AUGUUAUUUAUCAUUCGAUUGUAUCUGUUAUUUUUAUGUAUUGUUUCUCGAUGUUUUGCUGGUACAUCUCCACGUAAUACGAGAAAAGAAGUUCAUCAAGCUUUGAAUGUUGGUGUUCGAUCAUUAAGUUUUGAUAGUGAUGAUGAAGAUGAUAUGAGUCAACAAGGAUCAGCACGUAUUCGUGGACCUUUUAGUGAUGAUGAAGAUGAAGGACGUGGUGCUAGUAGUAGUGGUACAAGUAGCGGUGGUGCAUCAUCAGCACAAUCAUUUCGCUAUCGACGACCACAUCUAUUUAAACUUAGUGAUAUUGAAAGUGAUGAUGAAUCAAGUUUUAAACAUCGAGAUAUGUCUGCAACAUCAGGGCUUGGUUCAGAUUCUCCAUCUAUUGAUCAAUCUGAUAGUGAUCGAAGUCGAUUUUUAUUAGAUGAAAGUAUAGAUGAUGAAAAUGGUGGUACUUUAGUUGGUCUUGAAUCACCAACUGGACCAAAGCUUGCUGGUGGUACACCAACACUUGGUUUCGAUAGUGAUUAUUCGAAAAUAUAUACUCGACAUGGUUGGAAAAAAUCUCCUGAUAGUCAAAAUAAGUUUUUACCUUUAACUCCCGAGCAUCAUCGAGUGUUUCAUAAAUUUGCUAUACCUGACACUCCAAGUUACGGAUCAGCUUCUUUCGAUGAUUUUUUAUCUCCACCACGAAAUGGUCCACUUAAUUCAGGUCAAGUUAGUUCACUCAAUGAAUUAUACCAUACGCCUGUCGGUGGUUUCAAUUUAGAUAAGAAUUUAUGGUCAGCAGAAGAUCGUCGUUAUAUAAAAAGUGCAAAACCGCCUCCAGCUCCUGGCACUAAUUCAUUCGGUGUAAUGUCAAUAAAAGGUCGAGAAAUUCCAAAAGAAUUUCUUCAAGCUGUUGAAUACGGUCGCAAACAUAAUAAUAAAGCAUUAAGUAAUAUGAAAUGGGAAAAAACAUUUAUAUCUGGUAAUUCUGCAACUGUUUAUGGUAUUGAAUUAAAUGGUGAAAAUUAUAUUCUUAAAAUAACUAAACAUCAUCAAUCUAACGGAAUACAUCAUGAUGAGAUUCCUCAAUGUGUUGAUGAGACUGAUAUUAAAUCAUUACAUGAAACAGAUGAUUUUUGUGACCAUAAACCAAAAAAUGGACUUAUCAGAAAAACAGCUUGUUCAGCUGAACAAAAUUUAGUACCUUUUGAAUAUUAUAUCGCAGAAAAAGUGGCCCUUAGUCGAGGUUUAAUGCCCGCUGCUUCAAGUAUUGCAAAUACAUUUGGAAAAGAUGAAAAUGCAUGGUAUUUAAUAUUUGAAGAAUUACCUGGUAUAUCACCAUUAAAAUACGGUGAUAAUAUUUUAGAACGACUUGCUAAACCUUUAAUUCGACAACAAUUAGAAGCAUUAAAACAAAUUGCUACUUGUCAUAUAAUGCAUCUUGAUGCUCAUUGGGGCAAUAUAUUGUAUUCUCGUGAACGUGGUAUUCAAUUAAUUGAUUUUGGUAUUGCAACUCUUGUUGAUCGAUUUGAAUUACCUGAUUAUAAAGCAACAUUAAUUAUAACAUUUACUCUUGAUCGAUGUCUUGAUUGUGAAGGAUCAAAAUUCGGACGUGAUUUUGUAAAUUUAGUUAAAAAUUCUUAUCCAGUUAAUGGGCAUGUUCUUCUUUCUCAUCCAUGGUUAGAAUAUUAA